GGAUGUGGAGUUUGGAAUGACUGUUGCAGACGAAUUUAGUUCAAAUUGAAAAUUACAAGUUUAGAAGCACCCAAGCCAUCAAGCACGUGUUUAUUAAGGUGCAACAAACGAAGAAAUAACACUUAAGAUGGGACGCACAUUUAAAAAAAAAAGUUCAAAACCGAAACCAGCGAAGAAUGACGAGCAACUAAAAGUUGAGUCUACAGAGUUUCAGUUGGAUCUUGGAGCCCUGGAUGGAUAUGAUUUACCAAAUGUUGAUGAAAAUGAAGAUCUUCAUGAGGAGCCAAAAAGUAAGAAAUUGAAACAAUCCAAACCUCAAGUCUUGGGCAUUGACUAUAGGGAAAGAGAAGAAAAGAGACUGGAAGAGUUGCUAUUUGGGGAAUUGUUUAAGAAACUGGAACAAGAACCCCAGUCUAAAAAAGAUACGAGCAAAAGUUCUGCUUCCAAAAAAAAAUUGAGAAAACAAAUCUCCAACAAAGCAUCUAGUGAAGCGAAAGAUUCCCUUCCAGAAGAUGUCUAUGGUAAAAAUCUAGGUUUAAGUUCAACAGCAGGAAGGCAAGCAGUCUGGGUUGAUGAAGAUGAUGAAGAUUUAAAGUGUAAAAAUGUACAGUUUCAAAAAGAAAAGGGACUGGUUGGUGAAAAGGCCACUUCAGAAACUGUAUACAAACAGGUCCUGGAGAAAAGGUUUGCAUCUAUUCAUGGUCAGGUUACUCCUAAAUGGGCUCAACUACAGAAUAAAAAGGGAAAAAAAGACCAGGACAGUGACGAUGAAAAAGAGGAUCUGACCAAAACCGCCACAGAUCUUUUAAGGAAGGAUUCUAUUUCGUUGCCGCAAGAAAUAAUUAAAUUUUCGCGAAUGUUAGAUAUCAAUAAAGAAACUAGAGCAGAAGGACGCGUUAUCAGUUCUGUCGAAUUCCAUAAAAAGCAAAGUGUUGCUCUUGUAGGAGGAAAUUCUGGAGUACUUACACUUUUCCAGGUUGGCGGAUCUUUGAAUGCUAAAAUUCAGUCAAUCACCUUCAAGGAAUUUCCCAUUCACAAGGCUCGCUUCUCGGCGAAUGGGGAAGAAGUCAUAGCUUCCUCGAGCGUGACAGGCAAUAUUCAAGUACAUAACUUGGUGAAUGGAAGGAACACAAUCAUUCCCCAUAACAAGCAAAUGGAAAAGGGAUCGUACAAAGACUUCGUUCUUUCACCCGACGGGAAGCUAAUAGCUUAUCAAGGUCAAUAUGGAUAUAUUCAUUUAAUGAGCGCACGUUCUAAGGAAUGGAUUACAUCUUUAAAAAUGAAUGGAGAAGUGCAUGCCUUGACUUUUAACAUAGAUGGCACUAGAUUGUAUAGUCAUGGAGAAAAUGGUGAAGUUUAUGUGUGGGAUAUGAACGCUAAAGUGUGUGUCCAUAAGUUCGUAGAUGAUGGGUGUAUUAAGGGAACGUCUAUUGCUAUUUCACCCACACAGCAGUAUCUCGCUUGUGGUUCUUCUUCUGGUGUUGUUAACUUGUACAACACUAGUCAGCUAGAAAAUAAUUCACUCCCGAAACCCGAUAAAGUGAUUCUGAAUUUAGUGACGAAGAUAUCCGGCAUUACCUUUCAUCCAAGUUCUGAAAUUGUAUCCAUAUUUUCCUCCGAAAAAGAAAAUGCCGUCAGACUGGCUCACUUUCCAUCAAUGACGGUCUUCAAGAAUUUCCCAAUCCGGAAUAAGGGCACUGCUCGUAUAAACACGAUGGAUUUCUCUCCCAAUGGAGGCUACAUGGCUGCGGGACUAAACAACGGGUCCGCUUAUCUUUAUCGACUACAUCAUUACGAUCAAUAUUAAAUAACAUUACCUUUGAUCCAUGGAUUGACAAAAUAUUACGGGGUUCAAUUUUGA